AUGUUGUACGACGAUGAGGUGGAAGAGAUCAGCCAGGAGGACUGCUGGGACGUGAUCAAGGCUUUUUUUGAGGAAAAGGGUCUUGUGCGUCAGCAGAUCGACAGUUUCAAUGAGUUCAUGAGCAAUACUGUGCAAGAGCUUGUUGAAGAGAACAGGAGUCUCACACUUGAGCAGUCUGAACAGCAUUCGGGCCAUGCAGAUGACUGCGCACGCCGCUACGAGAUUGAGUUUGGGCAGAUUUACAUGAACAAGCCACAACAAACCGAGGCGGACGGCAGCACUGCGCCACUUUUCCCGCAAGAGGCGCGCCAGCGCAACUUGACCUACUCGGCAGGCCUUCAUGUGGACGUUUCUCAGAAAGUGCUUAUCAAAGGCGAAGAGGACGAGCUGGACGAGAAUGGCGACCAGCUUUGGGUCCAGGACCCCAGCCGCGAGGAAGUAAUUGACGAAAAGGUAUAUCUUGGCAAAGUGCCAAUUAUGCUUCACUCACAGUUUUGCUGGCUCACAGACCUGCCCGACGAGGGCAAGUAUAGCUUGAACGAGUGCCCCUUUGACUCUGGCGGCUACUUUAUCAUCAACGGCUCCGAGAAGGUGCUGAUUGCACAAGAACGUAUGGCGGCAAACCAUGUGUAUGUGUUCUCCAAAGCCGCGCCAUCCCCGAUUACCUAUCUUGCCGAGAUCCGCAGUGCCGUGGAGCGCGGUGGUAAAACAAUCAGCACGAUGCAGGUCAAGCUUUUCUCGCGCAACCGCGAAAAGAACAUGAACAACACCAUCAAGGCAACGCUGCCCUAUAUCCGUAACGACAUUCCGAUUGUUAUUAUCUUUCGCGCGCUGGGCAUUGUGCCUGACCGCGACGUUCUACAGCACAUUGCGUACGACUUCAACGACACGCAAAUGCUGGAAAUGCUGAAACCAUGCAUUGAAGAAGCGUUUGUGAUCCAAGACCGCGAAAUCGCGCUUGACUUUAUUGGCCGCCGUGGCACUACGACGGGCCUUUCGCGCAGCAAACGUACAACAUACGCACAAGAGAUUCUGCAAAAAGAAAUGCUUCCGCACAUUUCCAUGUCUGAGGGUUCCAACACAAAGAAGGCCUACUUUUUCGGGUACAUGGUUCACCGCCUUCUUCUUGCCGCGCUCGACCGCCGGGAGAUUGACGACCGCGACCACUUUGGAAAGAAGCGCUUGGACCUGGCCGGCCCCCUUCUCUCUGGCCUUUUUCGCAUGCUCUUCCGCAAAGUCACGCGCGACAUCUACCGACACUUGCAAAAGUGUGUUGAGGACCAGAAAGAGUUCCAUUUGCAAGCAGCCGUGCGCCAUGCCACCAUUACCAAUGGCCUGCGCUACUCACUGGCCACCGGCAACUGGGGCGAUCAAAAGAAGGCGAUGCAGUCCAAGGCGGGUGUGUCUCAGGUCCUGAACCGCUACACCUUUGCCUCGACUUUAUCUCACUUGCGUCGCUGCAACACGCCCAUCGGCCGCGACGGCAAGAUUGCCAAGCCGCGCCAGCUGCACAACACGCACUGGGGCAUGGUGUGUCCCGCAGAGACCCCCGAAGGCCAAGCAUGUGGUCUGGUCAAGAAUCUGAGUCUUAUGUCCAACAUCUCCGUUGGCACGCCGUCCGCACCGAUUGUCGAGUUCUUGGAAGAAUUUGGGCUGAACAGCGUGGUUGACAUGCAAGUCGCUGAUCCCAAGGCGACCAAAGUGUUUGUCAAUGGUGUAUGGCUUGGCACCCAUGACGACCCUGGCCAAUUGGUCGAUACGCUUCGCGACUUGCGCCGUAAAGACGACAUUAGCCACGAAGUCAGUGUCGUACGCGAUAUUCGCGAAAAAGAGCUCCGGAUUUACACAGACAGCGGCCGCAUGCUCCGUCCUUUGUUCAUUGUCGACCAAGCGAACAUGUCGCUCCUCAUCAAGCGCCAUCACGUCCAAGCGCUCAAUGACGAGACUGGCGAAGGCUGGAACUGGACUAGGCUUGUCCAGAGCGGCGUGGUCGAGUACCUUGACACGGAAGAGGAGGAGACCGCAUUGAUCUGCAUGAGUCCGUCAGAUUUGGAGCAGUCGCGCGAGUACAAAGCACGGCACGGCCAUGUGCCGCCGGAUACGCUGGAUGCGACGCGCCGCUUGCGUUCUGCCCACACCUUUGCGCCAGAUACGUGGACGCAUUGUGAAAUCCAUCCGGCCAUGAUAUUGGGUGUGUGUGCGAGUAUCAUUCCCUUCCCCGACCAUAACCAAUCGCCACGCAACACAUACCAGGCUGCGAUGGGCAAGCAGGCAAUGGGCGUCUUCCUGACCAACUACCAAAUUCGCAUGGACACCAUGGCCAACAUUUUGUACUACCCGCAAAAGCCCCUCGCCACGACGCGCGCCAUGGAACAUUUGCGCUUCCGCGAGCUCCCUGCCGGACAGAAUGCCAUUGUGGCUAUUUUGUGCUACUCGGGCUACAACCAAGAAGACUCGGUGAUUAUGAACCAGUCGGCCAUCGACCGUGGUCUCUUCCGCUCGCUGUACUACCGCACGUUCCAGGAUAUGGAAAAGAAAGUGGGCGUGAUUACCAUGGAGGAAUUUGAAAAGCCUACGCGCGAAACGGCGAUCCGUAUGAAGCACGGCACGUAUGACAAACUCGACGUCGACGGCCUUGUCCCGCCCGGCACGCGCGUUUCUGGCGACGAUAUUAUUAUUGGCAAGACUGCGCCACUGCCUCCGGACAGCGACGAGCUUGGAAUGCGCAGUAAAACGCACACGAAAAAAGAUAUUAGCACGCCGAUGAAGAGCACAGAGAGUGGUAUUGUCGACCAGGUGCUUAUUACCACCAACGGCGAAGGCGCCAAGUUUGUCAAGGUCCGUGUGCGUUCCACGCGUGUUCCCCAGGUCGGCGAUAAGUUUGCCUCGCGUCACGGUCAAAAGGGUACGGUGGGCAUUACCUACCGUCAAGAAGAUUUGCCGUUCACCGCAGAAGGCGUCACGCCCGACAUUAUCAUCAAUCCACACGCCAUUCCCAGUCGAAUGACUAUCGGCCAUUUGGUCGAGUGUCUCUUGUCCAAAGUUGCCACGCUCUCGGGGCAGGAGGGCGACGCAACGCCAUUUACAGACCUCACCGUCAAGGGCGUCUCGGACAUUCUUUUCUCGCUCGGCUUCCAAUCGCGCGGCUUGGAAGUGAUGUACAACGGGCACACGGGGCGCAAAUUGCAAGCGCAGGUGUACCUCGGCCCGACAUACUACCAGCGCUUGAAGCAUAUGGUCGACGAUAAGAUCCACAGUCGUGCGCGUGGUCCUGUCCAGAUUCUUACGCGCCAGCCUGUCGAAGGUAGGAGCCGCGACGGUGGUCUGCGAUUCGGUGAGAUGGAGCGUGACUGUAUGAUUUCGCACGGGAUGGCCAACUUUUUGAAAGAGCGCAUGUACGAUGCGAGUGAUGCGUACCGCUUGCAUGUUUGUGAUAUUUGCGGCUUGACGGCCGUGGCGAACUUGCGCAAGAAUACGUUCGAGUGCCGCGCGUGCAGGAACCGAACCAUGAUUUCGCAAAUCCACAUUCCCUAUGCUGCAAAGCUGCUCUUCCAGGAGCUCAUGAGCAUGGGCAUUGCGACGCGGUUGUAUUAG